AUGGCCUACCGCGGAGGCGGAGGCCGGGGCGCGCCGGCGGGAGGAGGGCGUGGGGCCACGGGCUGGCGGCCUCCGCGCGCGUCUUCAGCGCCUCGCCCCGCCGCGACGGCGCCCGUGCUGGCCGACAACCCCAACGCCACGGGGCCGCACCAGGGCGCCUACCAGCACGGCGUCGUCGUCCGCAACCCCGGGCCGGUACCCUACGCCACCGUCCGCGCGCCUUCGCCCGCGGUCACCACCCGCGCGCCCUCGCCCACGCCGGCCACCGUCCGCGCCUCGCCCGCCGCGACCCCGUUACAGCCGGCCCGCGUCUCCGCCCCCGCUCCCGCUCCGCCGACCCCCGCGGCCGUCGCCAAGGAGCUCGAGCAGAAGCUCUUCAUCACGGAGACCGCGCUGGCGCCGCCCGCCACGGCGGCGGUCGCGGCAACGCAGGAGGGCCAGCCCGAGGCGGAGAAGGCCCCCGAGGUGGAACUCGCGCCGGUGUCCAAGAAGGUGCUCGCCCACCCCGCGCGGCCCAGCGCCGGCACUGUCGGCAAGACGGUGAUGAUCCGCGCCAACCACUUCCUCGUCAACGUCGCCAACAAAAACCUCUUCCACUACGAUGUGAGCUGCCACCCCCAACCCCCUCCCCCUCCCUGCGUAUCAUCGUACUAG